AUGAACACGAUGACCGAUUUCGGUAGGGUCGCUCCGAAAGCGGACCGUCCGCACCAGCGGCCGGCCGACGCCGCCGCCGUGGCCGUCGACGGCGACAGCCGCGAACAGCGACCGCCGGCGGCCGCGGUCGUCACGGCCGUCGCCGCCGCCGCCGCCGUCCGCCAACAAAACCUCAAACUGUACAAGGCCCGGUGGAUAAUACUCGUCGUGUACAUGGUGUACUCGAUGGCCAACGCCGUCCACUGGAUACAGUACAGCAUCAUAUCCAACAUCACCGUGAAGUUCUACGGCGUGUCCAACUUCGCCGUGGACACCACGUCCACCAUAUACAUGAUCGUGUACGUGCCGCUGGUCGUGCCGGCCUCGUGGGUCCUCGACCGACUGGUUAGUGUAGCGGCGUUGCGGUGGUGGAUGUGCAAGUGCCCGCGCGUAUUCCAUCAAAAACAAAGUCCCUACACCGGUGCCCGCGGUCUGUCUAACGGAACUUUUGCGGGUCCGAUAAGUACGGCUCUCGCGGUAAAUUCGUAACACUCUUUUGUACCCGACGUCGGGUACAAACAAGUCUACGAACAAGUAUACGCCCAUUAUUGUUGGUGGUUUGAACGAAAUUCGUGAAAAAAUUAACGUUUAUCAACUCAAUUUUACACUUCGAAUUAACCGUCAAAUAAAUUCACGUAUCACGGGGAUCCCCGAUAUCGUUAUCACGAGUAAUUUUUCGCGUGCAAUUAAAAUAAUUAUUCAAAAGCGUGUUUAUGCAAAAAAAAAAAAAUCAAAAAAUGAGUAAUCUAAUAUCGAAACUCAUACAUUUUGGCCGAUUUCCGAGGCUUUUUAUUCGGCUUUUAAAUUACCAAUUAUCAUGGUCGAGUUGGGUAGGGAAUACAAUUUUACUAUUUUUUCACGAUUUUUAUUCGUUACAUCCCCUCCCAUUGAAAAUUCCUGGGUACGCCACUGCGGGUCUGCAGAGUAAUUUGUUAUAAAAUAUUUGUAAAUGAUAAAAUUGUAUAGAUAACCCUGUAAAUAUAUUCGUUUCGCUGGUACCAAAACGAAGUUUUUUAAAUAACUAAUUUUUGGAAAAAUGUCAUCUCAAUGUUUUCUCAUAAAUUGCGUUCGAAAUUUUACAAAUAUUUUCUAUACAAAACAGAAAUCUAUUAAACAAUUAAAAUCGUCUCUUCGUUUCAUCCUUACCGCUAUAAACGCGUUGUCCGUUCAUUUAUUUCUUGUGUUUUUACAAAUCUUCCAUCAGACAGGAUAAACACGUCGUUAAAAUAUGCAAAUUAUUAGCAAUAAAUGAGACUUAGAACUCAUAUUCACAGUGUUGCCGGUGAAAACCGAAUUAAAUAACAAUAAGCACAUUUUUUUCCAUUCAUGUUAUCAAGAGGAGAGUCCACGAAUCAAAAAAUACUAAUUCCCGUUUCAUAUUAUAUAAGAACAGUUAUUCAAGCGUGAGCCCGUCGUUCUUUGGGUUGAAAUUUAAAAAUUCGAUUUCAAAGUUUAGUAGGGCUCCCAUAUUGUAACGCAUAAUACAUGUUAAGAGGGUUGGAAAUGAUUUUCUAAAUAUUGUCCAAUAUUUUUAUCUCAAAAAAAAAAAAAAUGAAAAUAUUUUUCCUACGAAACGUGGAAAAGAAGUGGAUACGAAAACAAACCAUUUGUUAAAAUAGAAAUUCGAAGUACAGACAUAUUGGAAGUAUAUUGUAUAUUUCACUUCAGCUUAUUGGUCUAAAAUGAAUGAAAAAACGAAUCGCUUUCAACCGCCUUGAACCGUUUACAUACAAUAGACAUUAUAGAAAAUCAAAUGUGCUAUAUCUGCCGAUGAACGAAAUUUAUUGAAGUAGACACAUUAUAUAGAUUUGCGGACGGUUAAAAAAAAAAAAAUUACAAAUAAAUGAGUCGGCGGAUAUCAUAAAUUUAUACAUGAUUUCGUUGAAGUAAUUAACUUGCAACGAUUUUUCGCUCGUGCGGUGCGUUCAGAGGCGUAGCUAGAAAUAUUUUUCUGGGUAGGCCGGAUAAAAAAAUAUAAAUGAUUGAAUAGGAAACACUACGAACAGAUAUUGUCGAUUUUAAAAUUGUAUUAAUUUUCGGAAAAAAGUGGGUAGGCCCGAACCUACCAGACUCACCCGCUGGCUACGCCACUGGUCGCGCCGUCCGAGAAUACGGACACCGCGGUAAUACACGUCUUCGUGUUUCAGGGACUCAAGAUAACGAUGGUAAUAGGUGCCGCCGGAACGUGUCUGGGUGCAUGGAUAAAGGUUUUCUCGGCCGUACCCGACCGAUUCCUGUUGACGUUGCUGGGACAAGGUUUGGUGGCGUGCUCGCAGGCGUUCAUAUUGAGUCUGCCGUCCCGGUUGGCCGCGGUAUGGUUUGGCGCGACCGAGGUAUCCACAGCUUGUUCCCUGGGAGUUUUUGGCAACCAGGUAAUUUUAUUCAGUGCGAUGAGUCACGAAACCAGAUUUUUUUCUACAGUGAAAGCCAUUCACUGUUGGUUCCCUGGUUAAUAAAAACUUUACAGAGAUGUACCUGGUUAAAUGGUUGAGUCCGGAUCCCUCUUAGAAUAAAUAUCCCAAAUAUUUAACAAGCAUGUUUUAAUUUAUUUCGUUGCUUGCCUGUUCCAGUGCUCUUAAUGGUUCAAAUUUAAAAUUUACAACCAACCCCCCCCCCCAAAUUUCAUGGUAUAUGGGUUUUGUUUCGUUAUCAGACUUUUAUUUAUUAUGGGGGUGAUCUUACACCAUCCCGAUUUAUACUACAUGAAUCAUACAAUUUAAUUUUUAUCUUUAAAAUCGUACCUAAAACUUGUAUCAAAACUAUAGUACCAAAAUGAAAAUUUUUUUUCGCUUUAUGAGACAUUCAACUCAAGGUGUAAGCAAAAUUGUUGCUUUGCUAAUUUUAAGCUGUAAUUCCGAUCUUUUGAGGCAAUAUUAUUUGUUGAACUUUUAUACAGAGGAGUCAGUUAAGAAUUAAUCUUUUUUUUUUUAAGGUGCUUGUCAUCUUUGUCCCUUCUUAGCUACGUGUCUGGAUUUAUGGUUUUGAGUCGACCAAAAUAUAAAAAAGAAAUAAUUUCAAUUGUCCGAGAAAAAAAUCGUUUUAAAAUUUGAAUUUCGAACAAGUCAUGUAAUCAGAUAUGAUAAUUUAACGACGUUUAUUUUUAUAUUUCAAAACAAACUUCAGUAAGUCCUCCAACUCGUAAUAAAUAUAAUAUUUCGAAUUAAAAUGAUAAAUCAUAAAAAUAAAUACAUUGGUUUUAUUUAUAGCUCUUAUAAGUUAUUUUCUUUAAUUAUUAGCCAGCUAUCAUCAACAUCUGUUAAGUGAAAUGUGUAUGCUAAGACAGAACACAUCCUAAUUCAGAAACAGAUGUCGUCUCAUCUCGUGCACCGGGACCCAAUUUUAGAUGAAGCCUUAAUAAUAUUGUUCAAGUUUGUCGGAUAUUAAUUUUUUAAUCUGUACCAAAAACCUGUUGAAAUAUAAAACGCGGUUUUAACCCGAAACCUGAUGCACAGAAAAAUCGAAUAGAAUGAUUUCUCUUGAUGGUUUCUCUUAAAGUUCAAUAGGUAUACUUAUGGGUAUAUUUGUGUUUCCAUGGUAACGUCUCCAAAACCAUGUUGACCUAUAUUCUUAAAUAAAUAGGAGAUUGAAGAAGAACGUGUUGGCGAUAGAUGAAUAGAUAAUAAUUAAUUAUUAUUAAUUAUUAUUCUAUUAGUUAAUAGAAGUCUAAGUCGAAUCGUCAUUAGUUUCUUAGAGUUUUCGAUUUCAAAACAUGAUUGCAAAAAUAUAAAAUAUGCGAAAUAACCCAACAAAAUACAUGCAAAUAUUGCAAUAUGCCCUUUUUUUCUCUUCUUUUCCACUGACUCUGGCUUUUAUAAUUCUAUACGAGUUUUCGCCACAAUUCUUACUUACCUCCUUUUCUCUCGAUGUUGCGCAAUAUUUCUUCAAUCACGUGCCGCUAAAUUUGUCAAAUCUUUUUAAACCAAAACCGCGACUACCUUUUCCCGGGCUGCACUUGAGGCCUCUUUCAUCCUGAUUUAUAAUUUAUAACGGCUUAUUAACGCGUCAAUAGGGUUUUCAUAAUUUUUGCGUAUUACGUUCCAAACCAUUGUGACCGUUGGGCUUUAAUUAUUUUAUUAAAUUUUUGCCGCGAACAAUUCUUCCAAUUGUAAUUCCUUAUUGAAUUCCCUUCAUCAACACAUCAUCAUCCAGAAAUUAUAAUUUUUGUUUUUAAAUAAAAUGCCAAUUUUAUAUAUUAUGUCCUUUGCUUACUAGCUACGUCCGCUUUAAAUCCGGAACAUAUUAUAAAUAAAUAUUACGCAACUCCUAAAAUGUCCGUGCCCUAAUAAUAUCCGUUCAAUUUUUAACACGAAACAUUUUAAUAUUAACCAUAUAAAAACUGUUAAUCAGAGUCGCUGUUAAUAACGCGAAAUAUAAACCGCUCACGACACGGCGAAUUAAUAGGUCUAAUAUAAUAAUAAUAUAUAACAAUCAUAUAUAAUCAAGUGCCGUAAAUUAUUAUCGUAGCAAAACGUUAGGUUGGUAGGUAGUCGGCCUGUGAACGAAAUUGAUUUCAUAUCGUGUAUGCCAAAUUCACAAACUUGUCAUGUAGGUAGUAAAAAAAUCAUUAAUUUAAAAUUAAAAACCAAAUGUUUUAAUCAAAUUAAAACCUGUCCUUGAAACAUUUUAAACAAAAUGUAUUAUAAUGUCCAGAAAAUAAAAUGGUCGGGACUGAUUAGUGUCGGUAUAUUCGGUGUAAUAUUCGAUAUACUCCGAGACUAACUUGCUAAAUUUAACGGUUGACCAAGAAAGGUGUAAGGUACUUAUUGAAAAAAUAAAUUGUUCUCGUUUCGUUCGCAUAUUUCCUGUCGUAAAAUAUACUUCAAACGUUUAAAUUAACAUAGAAAUAAUUACAAAUUUUCGUUAUAUUUGAGUUUUAUAUUUUAUUUUAAUUGUUCAAAAUCGUUAUUAAAUGUCAUGAAAGUCGGUCGGAAAAUACGAAAAUCAAAAAGUUCGCCACGGAUUUAUAUUAGCUGUGAGAAUAUAUGAACAAAAAAUGGUCUGUGAUACAUCAAUAUUUUUCGAAUUUUUUUUUCUUCUACCCAAAAAUCAGAGAUCGAGUCGAUAUGACCGAUCGACUUGAGAUAAGGUUAAAUGCUAAACUGGGACAAUGUUUCAAAAUGAGCUCCGAAAUAACGUCACUGGGAAACAAUCAAUGAAUAAGGCGAGAAAUAUAUUCUGUAUAGUUAAUUUUUCAUUAAUAAUACAAAAAUUUCAAUAUAGCAAGUGUUCACAAAAAAAAAAAAAAAAAACAGCACUGUAAAAUUAAUAGCUCCCUUAUUACAUUCGGAAUCUAAAAAAAAAAUACUUGUUUUUCUAAAAAAUUACUGUUAUAAAAACGUUUUUAAAUAAACCGAAUAUUUAUUAAAUUUAGUUUUACCUAUAGUCAAAAAAGGAAAAUACGGACAUUUUAGAGAAGAGGUAGUCGUGAGCAUUCAAUAUUGUAGGUUAUGACUUCUAAUAAUUGUUGACAUAGGUACUAUAGUGCAAUGGUCUUCAACCUUUUAUCCUCGCGGCCCACUUUUUUUACCAUACAUUUUUUGCAACCCAUCACCCAAGUCACCUUUGUUGACCAUGAAAAGCAAACAAAAACAAGCUAAACUUGCUUAAUGUCUUAAUAUGCCACUAGAAGUGCUAUUACAUAACUGAAUAAAUAACAAAUUAUAUUUUUAUUAUAAGUAAUAAUGGUACGAAAAUUAGUAUGACUAUUUUUACGCAAAAAUCUCCAUCUCAGCUCGAUUUUACACAAUACAUUCCGCAAAUCAUUUUCAGUUUGAAGUCUAUUUUUUUUUUUUUUUUUGACAUAGGUAGCUAGUAGUAUAUAGUACGUAUAAUGUUAUUUUUUAGUAUAAGUAAAAUUUACUUUUCGCGGCCUAAUUUUAAAGCUUACGCGACCCACCGGUUGAAGACCACUGAUAUAGUGGACCCGUACACCUUUGCAACGGAUUAGAAGUUUACCUACAAACUACGCACGUAUAAUCGAUGCCAAAACAAGUCAUUAGAAAUAGUACUUAUAGUAUUUGACGUCCAAUCGGCGAGUUAAAAAUAACAAAACCGGUACCCGAACGGAUUAUGAACUUUGAAAUUCAUUAGUUUGAUAUCUCCCAAACGACUUGCGCCCAUCAAAAUAUUUCGAUUUUAUACAGGAACGUUUCCGUUUCAAGGUUUUAUCAAACUUCCGUCUAGACGGCUGUUUUAAGUAUUAUUUGUUUACAAUCACGAAUAUUGAACUUCAACGGCUUUAAGCGUCAUUCUACUCGAUAUUUUGUUGCUUCACCAAAUCCAAAAUAAUUUCCUUUUAAAACGUGUACAACUUUUGAUCGUGUUUCAACGUCGCUACAUUAUAAUAUUAUUAUCCUCCAGUCUACGGCGAAUUAUUCGAUUUAUUUGAUUUAUUCGCGAUGAGACGCGUUAAGGGCGUUAGGUCCAAUUCUCUGUAGCCUCGUCCGAUUUCGAUUUACUCGAAAACCUUCAUGCAAAACAAAAAUAACUUUGUCCAAUACAUUAUAAACAUUAAUAUUGUCAUAAAUAAACAAACGCAUAGGUAUUGUAACAUUAUAGAUACACAUAACAAUUAUGGACACGAUUUUAUUUCGAUCAAAUACUUGUACGAUGAUCAGUAAUAAAAUGAAAUAAGAUCGGUACUGGCACACGGCCAUAAGAAAAAUGAUAUACAAUGACGGUAGGUACAGGUUAUAAAUGUUGAAACGUAUUUUUAAGAAAAUACUACGUAUUAUAGCUGUAGGUAUAUUUUAUUUUUACAAUCCGACCUUUGACAGGAUGUUACCAAUAUUCGUAAUUUAUUUGUGUUAACAACAUUGUCCUCGUGACGGUUAUCGUAUGAUAUCUGGUUAAAUUAGGUCCAUUUAUAUAUUAAACCGUAGCUAGGGGAACGAUAAUAUAAUAUUAUAUGGAAAUAAGUCCGCGGCGACAUUAUCGGAGGUAACCGCACGCAGCUAACCGUACACGCUCGAUUUAUCAAAAUAAUAACAAUAAAAAAAAAAAAGUGAAAAGCGAUAAACGGUAUACAAAAGAUUAAUGUUAAGUUGCCUAUACGUAUUUAUUUAUUAUUACGUGGCUCGUACCCAGUCAUCUCGACUGUUGAAAUUGUUUUGCUGUAAUCUCGUAUACACCGCCGACGAGAGAAAAUCAUUUUCAAAUGACGAUAUAUUUUGUAUAUUUACAACCGCCUUUUCUGACCUUUCUGACCCAAUCGCCGAUUAGAUGGACGUUUUUCUGCGCAAUAAUACAGUCUUAUACACCUGUCUAUGUUCUUGACUCGUGUUCAGGAUAAUGUGCUUAUAGAAUUUCUAUAUUAUAUUGUGUGAAUCCACCGUGAUGGUAUUACGGAUUCUAAUUCAAUUGUAGAAAAAUCGGUUAUAGUGGAUCUCAAGAGACUUACACGAUUUUGCCCAUUAUAACCGAUAUUCCGUGCACUAUUUCUUAAAUUCAUCUGUGAUCAUAUUCCGGCGACAUCUCUGACGGCCUUAUCGCUCGCCACAUUAAAAAGGGGGUUGAUGGCGGUACGAUGAAUUUAUGGUUGAUAAUUUGCAGCUGUGGCAAUGUUGCAAUCGCGAUUUAAAAUUCCACCACAAACAUGGAAAACGAUGGUCUUUCUUCAAUUUAUGAUGCCGUCACCAAAUACGCUACAGACGUCAACGCAAAACCAUCAGAAACGUACGGGUUGAUGUGUGGUGGCGAUGAACUCUGCACAAAAAUACUGCAAAACAUAAUAAUACCAAUACAAUUUUCUACUGAUCAUUAACAGCUGUUGUCUUUGGCCAUAAUAUUAUUACGAUCUAAUACUCAAUAGGUUAUUGUCUUUGGCUAUAGCAUUAUCACGAUCUAACAGGUCGCUGUGAACAAGAUAACGGAAAAUUAACAUUUACACUUUUUGUUUAAAAUUAUAGAAAUAUCGUAGAAAAAAAAAAUACCUAAGAGUGAAUAAUUGGACACCCGGAUCCCUUUCACCGUGAUUACGCCGCUGCAAAAUUGUAGGGAGAGAUUGUACAUAAUACUCGAGCGUCAUUAAUAAUGAUACGAGAAACAAUAUGUCUUAAUUUUUUUCGUAGUCGAAAAUUUGUAGCGCUCCAGCUCGGAUGGCUUCUCCAACAAAUGUUUUAAUUAUAAUACUAGACGACAUUAAGUUAUUUAUUUAAUAUUAGAAUCCACUCGGUGUACAAUCAAAUUGAGCACGUAAUGGGCAAUAUCUUACUAUACACGUACGGCAAUUAGUUAUUAAUAGUCAAUUAAUCACAUUAUAUAGAUAACCGCGGUCAGGACACAGAAAAAUACUUAAUCGCAAAGAUCUGUUCUCGAUUUAUCAGUUUAUUUAUGCAAACAAUUUAUAAAGUGCUUAUUUUUUUAUAAAUAUAAGUCAUAAUAAUCUAUAACCUAUGAACUUACACACGUUGCUUAUUAUAUUAUCAACAUAAUUACUAUUAAUAAUGUAAAUAUUCAUUACCCCCACCUCAAAUAGGAAAAAUCAAACUAUUUUUAAGCUAUUUUAAAACCGCAUAGUAAAAUAAUCAAACGGAAUAAUUAACAUAACUACAUUAUAUUAUAUUUUUCUAAAAUAUGCUAAGGUUCUGUGGGCAAGUUAACGAAAAUAUAAUGAUCAACUAAAGAUCAAUAGCGAAACGGAGAAAAAGGCUUCGGUUAAAAUUUAAAAAGGAAAUGUAAACUGAUCUUAGAAAAAAUUUAUAUUUUUUUUUUUUUUUUUGUUAAAAAAAUGUUCUAAUAUUUUAAUUAAACUGUUCCGCUUUAUGAGCUAUAUACCUUUACCUAAAAUAUAUAACCGUGAAUCAAAAUACGCGUGAAUGAUACAAGAUGCGUUUCUUAUACUCAAACAGUGUUUGAGCAUAUUUUUAUUUCGUUAAUGAUUAAACACAUUCAAGAUUUUAAGAAUAAUAAAGAAACUGUUAUAGUUUUGCAAAGGUACUUUUUUUUUUCUCUCGGAAAAAAACUUGUUCUAUUAGAAAAAAUGUUCAGAUUUUUUCACUCAGCGCUUUAACAGAUGCAAAAUUUUCGGCCGUGAGUACUUAUUUAAAACAAUUUAUCGACAUUUUCAAGAAUUCACGAACUAGGGUUUCUUUUUUUGAUUUUUAACUUUUGUUGAUAUUUGGGUUAUCCUGGUAGCAGGGCAAAGUCAUGAAUAAUACUACUUCAUUCAGAAACGUCUUUAAUCUUCGAUGAUUUAUCGCUGAAUUACACAAUUUAUUAAUUAAAUUAUCCUUAUUACCCUCCGACAACAAUGACCUACCUAAGGUACAAAGUAUAACCUUUUUUAUUUAUAUUUAUUAUAAUCAUGUACACAUUUUUUUUUGGACAAAUUUAUUCAAAUUUUCUAUUUCUAAUUUAUUCCGAAUAGAUUUUGCGCGAAAUAACUUUGUUUAUCUUUCUUUAGAUUCUCAGCGAUUCGAUGGUUUUACAAAUUUCUCGUAAAACAUUUUUUUUAGUCUAUACAAAUCUUUCAAAUUAUUCACAUUGUACCUUAAAAGAUGUGUACUUUUUUACCCGGCCGUACUUUAUUUGAAAACAAUUUUUAAAUUCCUAACAGUUUUUCUAUGAAAUUUAAAAACCCGACAAAAUGUCGAUGCAUGGGAUUUAUUUUUGUUGAUUCUAAGUAAAAUGGGAUAAAACAAGUUAAUAUAACUCCGCUCAGAAUCGGCUUUUUAUUAUAUUUUCCUAUACCCAAUACACUUUUAAACCUACCACCUUACCACAUUACUUAUCAUCUAGUGUGGUGCAAAAUACGUCUAAUUUUUUUUCACAUUUUUGACAAAUUUCAAGUUAGUUUAUGGCUAUUGUUCCUAUUGUAUUUCGCGAUUUAUUUUAUGGGUAAUGGUACAAUAUCUACAUAAAAAUGUACUGAAAAUAAUUAUUUAAACGUGAGCGUUUAAAUUGUUGGUUUAAUUCAUGUGACCUUUUACAGCUGGGCGCAGCACUUGGAUUUUUGAUACCACCGAUGAUAGUACAAGACAGCGAUAACUUGGAAGAAAUCGGAUACGAUUUAUGGAAAAUGUUCUUGUCGUUCGCUAUUGUAAACACCGUAGUAUUCUUUUUAGUAAUUUGGAGUAAGAAUAUAUUAUACUAUUAUAUUUAUUUUCAAAAGAAACAUCGAGUGACUUGUCAAUCGAUUAUUAACUUUACUUAUAAUUAUUUCGCAGGUAUACAAGCCGAACCGUUAUUGGCGCCCAGUUACGCGCAAGUAGUGCAACGGAAAAAAAGAGACGACCCGGCAAUUUUAAAAGACGUGUUCAUGAGUUCAGUCAAAGAACUGCUGAAAAACAAUGGUUACAUUCUGUUGCUGAUUUCAUAUGGGAUAAAUGUAGGCGCAUUUUUCGCCAUAUCCACUCUGCUCAAUCAGUUUAUUCUGCUCUAUUACCCGGUAAGAAAAAAAACAAUAAAAUUAAUUUGAAUGACUUGCAGUGGCGUAAACCUGGUCUCAAUUUUUGGUAAUGCAGUAAAAUAUUUAAUUUUCCAACCCACCAAUACUCAAACUUUCUUGGUAAAUUCCUGUCCAAUAAACAAUUAAUUUCCACUUUAACGAUUUUUUAAUUUUUUUUACAAAAACCAGAAAUUAGUAUCGAAUUGUUUGAACAGUAAACACUCUAUUAAUAAUUAAGUAUUAUAGUAUAUAUGUGAGCAUAAUACCAGUGACAAAUAAUGCCAGCAGUGGAUCUAAUUCACAUAAUUUAGCAUCACAUCCAACUCCUUCGUAUGUUUCACACUGUCACCCAUAACUGUUCAAUCAAAAAAUCAUAGCAUAAUGAUAACUUUUACCUACUUAUAGGUAAAUAAUUAUCUACUGAACAAAUGUUUACUUUUAAAAAUAAAAAUCGUAGGUAGAGAGAUAUCUACUUAUGCACAUUUUGAACAUUUUCUGGCGGUGCGAAAAGACAAGUUUGCAUAACAUAAUAUUAUUAUAUUUCCGCAGGGUCACGAAGAAGACGUCGGCCGAAUCGGUCUCACGUUAGUGUUGUGCGGCCUGGGAGGUUCGAUUAUUUGUGGAUAUAUUUUGGACAAAACGCAUCUUUACAAGUAAGACGUCUGUCAACAUAAUAGCGUUGUUUGUUUUAACAAAAACUGUACACGUUUUACAUAGAUUUUAUGUUAUAGUGUAGAUUCGACAUUAACACAUUUAAUGGUUAUAUACGGGUACCCGUAUACAUAGUUGAGCAUUGAAAAUUAUGAAAUAAGCAUUUGAAAAUAUUAUUAUACAAUCAUUAAAAAUCCUUAGGUAAUCCAUCCUUAGGUACCUAAAAGGUACUCAUAAGCAACAGAGUUCUGAUUAAGUUAGAAAUUCUACUAGAAUCCUUUAACAGAAUUCCUACAAUAAACUGUUUUUUUUUUUUUUUGAAAUAUUAAGGAAAUUUACAAAAAGAAUUUGUUAAAAUAAUAGUUAAAAUAGUUCUCAAGAUUUUUUAUGUAAUACAAACAUACGGUGGGGUCCGGAAUCAGAAGUUCAGACCCUCUAAGGACUCGUCCAUGACAUAAUUUUAUUUAUAUAUACUCAUUUUUUUCUUACUUUUAUGAGUCUGUAAGAGUAAUUGAAACCCAAUGGUUGUUGUUAAAACAUGAAAUAUGAGCAUAAAAAUGGUUAGGGAGGGAGUUGAAAGUUUAAAUCAGCUUAAGGCACUUUAUUGACGCUUAUACCGUGCAUAUAUGAAAUUUAAUCUUCUUGAUUUCAUUUGGGAGGUCUUUAGGGGUAUGACAAUCCAAAACACCUGUCCAAUUUUCAUUUAUACAAUAAUACUGUAGAACUUGAAUACAUAUUGAACAAAAUCGUGAUCAAACGCAAGUAAUAUAUUUUCCAACGUACAAAUCUCGUGAACUACAGGGCUUUUUAGGUUGGUUGUAAGAAGUGCUACAGUGGUGGGUUCAGGGUUAAAUUUGGAGAGGAAGUUGGCCUUUUAAAAAAAACCUAGUUGAGAAAAUAGGUACUUAAUACUUACACAAUAUAUUUUUAAAUAUCUUAUAUAUAGUCUACUGUAUCCACAUUACUCUGUUUAGUAUAAUAUAUUCAGUGGCAUACUGAUAGGAUUGCAUGAUCGGUGAAUAAUCCACGGGCCCGUGGAUCAUGACAUUUAAAGGUCCCAAAUCAGAUCCCAAGGCAUUAUUUUUAGUUAACACACAGGUGUUGAAUAAAAAAACAGGCAAUAAAAAACAAUAAUUUUUUUUUGAACCAAUCAGUAUAAAUUGUGUUUAAAUAAUUUUAAUUUAAAACAACUUUUUUUCUAAUAUAAAAUCUAAUUUAGUUUUAUUUCUAGAUUAUUUAUACAAGUAAAAAGAGACUUAAUAUGAAGCUUUAGAGGGACCGAUGUUCAUCAAUAAUUAUUUGCCUUUUAUAAUUUUGUCAAAUACACGAUUUAUGACGUAAUGGAAUAUACUUUGUGGGUAGUUAGUCAGUAAACAUCAUUUCGAUGAUGAAUAUCUGACUAAUAAGUCGGCAAAAAAUACAAAUUCAUUAAAAUGUAUAAAAAAAUAGUUUUAUUGAAAAAAUAAUAUAUGAUGCCUUUUGUAAACUAAAACAUGAUAUAGAUAGUAAGGUCUCAUUAAUCCAAGCCGGUCAUGGGUGUGGGGAUAAGGAUCGUUUGGAUUACAUAUGACUUUAAAAAAAAAAAAAAAAACAAUUUUCUUGCAAUUCAAACUUAAAAACUCAAUGCUUAUUUAUAAUUUAAAAAAAACAAUGAAUGUAAUACGUACAAUUAAAAUUGUUAUAAUUAUUAUAUUAAAUUACAUACAUAUGCACUUUUAACUUAUUUUAAAAUUAGUAUUUUUUAAUCAGCAAUCGCAUUUUUAUAGAGGAACGACCCUGGUGGUAUAUGGCAGCACGCUGAUCUCGAUGUUGAUCUACACGUUCAGUCUGCCAAACGGACAAUCUAUUUGGGUCAUCUACAUCACAGCUUCGCUUUUAGGGUGAGCAUCGGGGUAGUAAAUUUGUCGAAAAAUCAGAUCCAUUUCGAAAUUGCUUAAACAAAAGAUAAUUCACAGAAAUUUCCAUCAAAAUCCAUCAUUUGUGUACAAAAAACUUACAGAGAUAUUACAAAAAAAAAAAAAAAAUGCCUGUUGAAGGAGACGGACGUUGAAACAGUAGUCCAAUACUUAGGGAAUUUGUAUAUUUAACUCUGUUAAACCGGUGUGUAUUGUUUUUGCAAUAGUGUCCAAAAUGACAUAGAUUUUUCACAAUAAUUUCCAGAGAAAACAAUAAAAAGGGCGAUUCGAUCACGAAUAAGUGAUUUUAUCGAAGGACUUUAAGUAAAUUUGAUUUAUAUCAUAUUAGUUAUAUUUAAUAAUAUUUUUCAAAUUUUACCUCUAUUCCUCGUGCCUGUUACACAAAUUAGAAUCGAGUUUAUUGAUAUGCAUAAUAUCGGAUUUACCGUUUAUGAAUUAUAACAGUAAAAGUUUUGACCGGAGGAGUAGGGAAGGAUAUAGUAAACUGUAUAUCAAUUUCUAGAUGGAAAAUCGAUAGCCAACCUCCAGAGGUACAAAAUUGAAAAUGAUAAAUCUUAAUCGAUUCCAUAAUGAUUAAAAAAAAAAUAAAAAUGUAAUUGUAUCAAAUUCACUUGACAUUGUCUGAGGGGCAGUCUUUUCGCCGUGUUCGGAAUCAAACAAAUUGAAUACGUCGCCUGAGACGAUCGCAGAUCGGUUAUGCGAAACUAAAAUAAUAUGUAUCACGGUUAUUGAUAGGUUGUUCAUGACCGGUUACCUGCCGGUCGGCUACGAGCUGGCCAUCGAGCUGACAUAUCCGAUACCGGAGGGCACGUCGAGUGGACUGCUAAACGGCGGCACGCAGCUUAUUGGCUUCAUAUUGACGUCGGUGUACAGUUGGGUGUUCAGCACCAUGGGCGACAUGGCCGCCAACAUGAUGAUCGUCGGCCUGCUGAGCUUCGGGCUCCUGUUGACCAUGUUUAUACCGACCAACCUGAAACGACAGGCCGCACACAAGGCGAUCGACGACAAACGCAAAUUGGGUCUCGUGAUCUGAACGCGACCGGGGGGACGAUGAUAACACCCAUAACAUUAUGUAUAUAUAUUAUAUUAUUAUUAAUAAUAUCAUUACGGUUAUUAAUCAUUCGCUUUAUCGUUAUUACUAUUGAUAUUUUGAUUAGUUUGCUGGACGUUUGCCGAUUCCUAGUCCGAAAUGUGAAAAAUAGUUAAACGGUAUUCAGAAUGUAAUACAUAUAUGGCCCGGAAUUAAAUGCACUGAAAACCGUGGAAAAAUGCUUUGAAAAAUAGCCACACGCGUUCUUAAAAAUUACAAUUUUCGUUUAAACGUAUAGUUUUAUUACUUUUAUUAAUUCAUAAUUAUCGUUUUACUACAGAAAAAAAAAAAAAAACUGAUUAUUUAAAAAUUUAAUUCGUGACAGACGACGGUGGUAUUGACUGGAUAUCUUUAGGAGCUAUACUGUGUAAUAUAAAUGUAAACUUAUACUAAAAUCUUUGUUAAACUAUUUUACCUUGG